AUGGCAACUUCAACAUCAACAGUUAUAAAAACUCAAACACGUCAAGUAACACGAACAAAUCCUCCUCCAUCACUUGUACUUGAAUUAAAUCCUUCAAAUGAAACAACUCCUCGUGUUCGUUGGACAGAAGAAACAAUUGAUAAUGAACAUUUAAAUAAAAAGAAAUCAAAAUGUUGUUGUGUAUAUACAAAACCACAUGAUGCACAAUUAAAUGAUGAUCAAACAACAGAAGCUAAUGAAUUUGAUAAUUGUCAACAUUGUCGAUUUCAUACUGAAUCCGAUUAUGCUGCUAAACCUAAUGAACGACAACCGAAAAUAAAAGUAGUUGUAAAAAAACCUGAAUGA